GCGUAGGGUUGGGUGACUGCUAUUGUAGUUUUAACUUUAAUAUUUUUUUUUACUUAGAACAGCAUUGCAGUUGAUUGCUGGCAACGUGGAUUCAAAAGGAACACAGGAGCAAAUUAAAAAGGCUGCUGGAAUGGAACACGUUUAAAUCCUAUGAAGUUUAAAACUACAAGGGGAAAAAAGAGAUAAGCAGCGUGAUAACGUGGAGGACAGUGUGUUUUUAUAAAAGCUUUUAAAGCAUUUCUCAGCGAAAAGGACAUUUGGGAUAUAUUGUCAAUUGAGAUUGAGACUCAUUUCUCGGAUUUUGUUAUUGCAUGGAAGUUAUUAAACGGCAGUGACAAACUGAAGAUAAGCAAAAGUGGCACUUUGCACGCUUCUGACUGUAACCUGCAUGGAUGAACUGCACAAUCUGGCAGUCUGGAAGCCUACUAAAAUAGAUGUUACCACAGUAUUUCCUGAAUACCAGAAACAAACUAUUCGAGUGAAGAAUGCAGUGGAAAAACGAAUGAGUAUCAAAACAGCAGCAUUAAUUAAUGUUAGAAGAGUACAAAUAAAAAAUGCGUAGCAUUAUGUGAAUGCAAACUUUGUACAAGGAUACAGUGUUAAGAAAUAGGUAUCAACCGUGUUUUUUUCUCUACAAAAGAAAAAAAAAAUGAGCCAGGACUUCGAAGGAAUCACACUGUCAGUGCCUUCUUUCUGGCCGCCUUGUACAAGAGGAGAUUCUACUCGUAUCAGCGAACCUGCAUGCUCCUGUGGAGAUGCCCAUGGUGAGUCGAACAAUGCGAACACGGUUCCUGCAGCUGGCGCAUACUGGAAAGAUCCUACUGCCAGUGGCACUGCGACCGCUCUCAAUUGCCCCAGAACAAGUGGUGGCCUCUUGACAGUAGAUACAACUAAAAACAGAGUAGUUACUGUGGCAUAUGUCAUAAAUGAGGCUACCCAAAUGCACGCUGCAGAGAAUAUGGCACUUCAGUGUUUGAAAGAGGCAUGUGACAACGGAGCCACUACCCUGGAAAUUCUUAACUUUGGCAAGCUCGACUUUGGUGAAACCAAAGUGCUGGAUCGUUUUUAUAAUGCAGAUAUUGCUGUUGUGGAGAUGACUGAUGCAUUCCGCCAGCCUUCCCUUUUCUACCAUCUUGGAGUGAGGGAAAGCUUCAGCUUGGCAAAUAACAUCAUUUUAUACUGUGACACCAAUUCAGAUUCCCUUCAGUCUUUACAGGAAAUCAUUUUCCAGAAGAACACUUCAUGUGCUGGAAAUUACACCUUUAUACCAUAUAUGGUAACACCACACAAUAAAAUCUACUGCUGCGAGAGCAGUUUAAUGAAGGGACUGACUGAAUUAAUGCAGCCGAGCUUUGAGAUGCUACUUGGGCCAAUCUGUGUGCCCCUGGUAGAUCGUUUUACUCAGCUGCUGAAGGUCUCACAGGCCAGUUCUUGCCAGUAUUUCAGAGAAACUAUUCUGAAUGAUAUCAGAAAAGCCCGGGAACUGUACACAGGCAUGGAGCUGGCUACCGAACUGGCAAGGAUACGAGAGCACUUGGAUAAUGAGUGUCUCUCAGCAGACAUUGUCAUUAACCUGCUUCUGUCCUACCGGGAUAUUCAGGAUUAUGAUUCCAUUGUGCAGCUGGUUGAAUCUUUGGAAAAACUUCCAAACUUUGAUCUUGUAUCCCAUCCUCAUAUGAAGUUUCAUUAUGGUUUUGCACUAAAUCGGAGAAACCUGCCCGGGGACAGAAAGAAGGCCCUUACUAUAAUGUUACCGUUGGUGCAAUCUGAUCAGCAGGCUGCCUCAGACAUGUAUUGUUUGGUUGGGAGGAUCUAUAAGGACAUGUUUUUGGAUUCUCACUUCACUGAUCUGGAAAGCAGAGACAGUGGUGCUUAUUGGUACAAGAGGGGAUUUGAGUCUGAGCCAACACUACAUUCAGGGAUCAACUACGCAGUCCUUCUCCUGGCAGCUGGGCACCACUUUGACAAAUCUUUAGAACUUCGAAAAGUUGGUGUGAAGCUCAGCAGCCUUCUUGGUAAGAAGGGGAGCCUGGAGAAGCUCCAGAGUUACUGGGAUGUGGGAUUCUUCUUGGGGUCCGGUAUCCUAGCCAAUGACAAUCUGAGCGUUAUUCAGGCCUCCGAAAAACUUUUCAAACUCAAGGCGCCAACAUGGUACUUACGUUCGCUGGUGGAGACUAUACUGAUUUACCAGCAAUUUAAGGAGCAGAAUAUAGAACAGCCCAACCCCAAGCAAGAGCUCAUGGAUUUUUGGAUGGACUUCCUUGUAGAAGCCACAAAGAAGGAAUUGUCUUUAGUUCGUUUCCCUGUUUUGAUAUUAGAGCCCACCAAAGUCUACCAGCCUUCUUAUCUGUCUAUCAACAAUGAAGCCGAAGAGAAGACUGUGUCCAUAUGGCAAGUGGCUCCGGGUGACAAGAAGGGAAUUCACGAGUGGAACUUUACAGCUGCCUCAAUCAGGGGUGUAAGUGUUUCACAAUUCGACAGGCGAUGUUCUUUCCUGUAUGUCUUGCACAAUGCUGAAGGCUUUCAAGUUUGCUUUUGUACUGAGCUCCAUUGUAAGAGGUUCUGUGAGAUGGUGAACUGCAUCACUGAGGAGUCUGGAAAGGGUCCAGAUGAGGGAGAGUUUGAGGGGUACGCCCUUGAGUAUGACUAUGAAUACGAUGAGAAUGGCGAGAGGGUGGUCCUUGGAAAGGGAACGUUUGGAGUUGUUUAUGCAGGCAGAGACCUGAGUAACCAGGUCAGACUUGCUAUCAAGGAGAUUCCUGAGAGAGACAGCAGAUACUCCCAGCCUCUGCAUGAAGAGAUAGCUCUACAUAAGCACCUCAAGCACAAGAAUAUAGUCCAGUAUCUGGGCUCCAUCAGUGAAAAUGGUUUCAUCAAGAUAUUCAUGGAGCAAGUCCCGGGCGGAAGCCUGUCUGCUCUCCUGCGAUCUAAAUGGGGACCCUUAAAGAAUAAUGAGCAAACAAUAGGCUUUUACACCAAACAGAUCCUGGAAGGGUUAAAAUAUCUUCAUGACAAUCAGAUAGCACAUAGGGAUAUAAAGGGUGACAAUGUACUGAUCAACACAUAUAGUGGAGUGCUGAAAAUUUCUGACUUUGGAACUUCAAAGAGACUUGCUGGAAUCAACCCUUGUACUGAAACCUUUACAGGAACCCUCCAGUACAUGGCACCAGAAAUUAUUGACAAAGGACCGAGAGGCUACAGUAAACCUGCUGACAUAUGGUCCCUGGGAUGCACGAUUAUUGAAAUGGCAACUGGGAAGCCUCCCUUUUACGAACUCGGGGAACCUCAGGCUGCCAUGUUUAAGGUUGGGAUGUUUAAAAUCCAUCCUGAAAUACCAGAGUCCAUGUCGCUGGAGGCCAAGGCCUUCAUCCUCCGCUGCUUCGAGCCUGACCCAGACAAGCGAGCAACGGCAGGAGACUUACUGACUGACGAGUUUCUGACCAUCAGCAGCAAAAAGAGGAGGACCCAAAACAAGUUUACAGCUCUUUCAGCUGGGUCAGAGUAUCUGCGCAGUAUCUCUCUGCCCGUUCCGGUGGUAGUGGAAGACACAAGCAGCAGCAGUGAAUACGACUCGGUCUCCCCUGACAUAGACUUGAAGGCCGACCCCUUCGUUUUCAAACCAAGAGUCAAAUGCUUCAGUGAGAGAGACAUCAAAGGAAGCAGAUCUUUAUUUUUGAGCAUACCUGUUGAGAACUUUGAGGACCACAGCGCACCUCCAUCCCCUGAAGAAAAGGACACUGGGUUCUUCAUGCUGAAGAAAGACAGCGAAAGGAGAGCCACACUACAUAAAAUACUGACAGAAGACCAGGACAAGGUGGUCAGGAACCUGGUGGAAGCUUUGGCACAGGGAAGCGAGGAGACUAUACUGAAAAAAGAGCACAUAUCCACACUUGUGGUGAGUCUCAGAGAGUUUGUAAGGAACACUGACCGCAAAAUCAUCGCCAGCACCCUCUCCCAACUCAAGCUGGAGCUGGACUUUGACAGCCAUGCCAUCAGCCAGCUGCAGGUGGUGCUUUUUGGCGUCCAGGAUGCAGUAAAUAAAGUCUUGCGAAACCAUAACAUUAAACCCCACUGGAUGUUUGCACUGGACAAUAUCAUCCGCAAAGCUGUGCAGACCGCCAUCACUAUUCUGGUCCCAGAACUGAGGCCUCAUUUCAGGUUGGCCUCGGAGAGUGAUGCGGCCGACCAGGAUGAUGCGGAGGGUGACCUAGAUUCCCAUGACGACACCCGGAAUCGGAGCGAUCCGAGGCAGAGUGCUGCCAACGACGACACAGUGCUGACCUCAGGCGUGAGCACGCUCAGCUCCACCGUCUCCCACGACGACUCGCAUGCUGCUCAGAGAUCUGUGAGCAUGCAGCUGGGGAGGAUGAAACUAGAAACCAACAGGUUACUGGAGGAACUCCUGGAGAAGGAAAAGGAGUAUCAAAGCAUCCUAUCUCAGGUUAUUGAGGAGAGGGAUCAAGAGAUCAAACUACUGAGAAUUAAAUCUCAACCAAUAGACAUAACUGCUUCUUCAGCAACUCGCCAUUCUUCCAGUGCACACAGUGGGGACCCUGAGCUGACUAACUGGCUGAAGGAACACGAUGCUGACCAAGAUACUAUAGAGCGGAGGAGGAAUGCUGUGCAAGGUGUGGAAAGCAAUCAUGGAAUUUAG